AUGGGGUCCCUACUACUCGCUAUAUAUUCCAGUCUUCUCCUUUUUACAAGGUUGUCUGAAGCGCAGGACCCAGAAGAAGAUGAAACCGUGCCAGACAAUUUCCCCAAAGCAUUCAUCACGGCCAUGGUGGUGGCGGUUAUUUGUGUCGUCUUACUUGUUAUCCUAGUAUGCGUCUUCGCGCACUGCUGGCAACACAUCCUCGGGCCGAGAAAGCACAGCAACGGUGGCCGCAGGGGGACAUUAAGGAAUUCGUCAUCGACAUCCUCACUACUUAGGGAGAGAUGGCUUGAACCUGUGUUUGAAUGGCCACAACAACUAAGCACACGGUCGAGGAAUAACAGGAGGAGGAGGCGGCAGUGGCAAAGGCAGAGAGAUUGGAAGGGGUGGAGGGGAUUUCCGAGGAUGGGAAACGGACCGGUGGGAGAUGAGAGAGGAUAUAGGGGCACAGAAGAUAGGAGGAAGGAGGGUCAAGAAGCGAAGGUAUAUAGGGGUUGGUGGGUUGAUGAAGAUGGGAGUGUAAUGGGCGGUUCUAUUUGA